AUGGAAUCUGAAGAGAUAGUCAAAUGGUGCAAAGACAAAGGUAUUGAUGUGAAGAGAGCCAUUGUGCUCAGUGAGGUUUCUUUUGAGACUCCUGAUGAUGCCAUUUGUAAGGCGCUUGAUGACGCCAAAAUAUUUGGUCACUGCAAGGUGCGAGGACGGUGUUCUGCGCACACUGGUAAAAGCCAAACAGUUUUAGUGGAAACCACGACUGACAUGACUGCUGCGCAGUUGCCUGAACAGAUAGUAGCUGGGGAUGAAUGGGGUUCAUGGGUGGUAAAUGUCAGUGAGACACAAAGUUUCAAUCCAACAGCUGGAAAGGGAGGUUUUCAGUCCAAGCUACUGUCAUUCCUAGCCAGUGAAGGGAAGACUUUAGAAGAUGUGACAGGCUUGCUUAGCCCUAGUCCUGCCCCACGUGUCACUCCAGAACUGAACACUGAUCUGAGCAAAUUGAGGGCAUUUACGCCAAAGCUUUACUUGAUAGCGGGUCCCAAGUUACCCUCCUGUAUCGCUCCUUUUAUGACAAGUAUCUCAAACACAUGCCUUUGA